AUGCUCACAGCACUUAUUUGUCUCUUCCUCGUCUUUUUUGUCAAUGGAUAUACGACUGGUGAUGGAGAGGCACAAUAUGUUGAUGAAAAUAAUCAGAACGGCGACUUUGGUCUACGAAAUUCGUCACGAGCUACAAAUUUCAAUACAUUCUAUAAUGUAAUUGCUCAGGACGGAGCUGACCCAUGGGUUUAUAAGCAUGUAGAUGGGUGGUAUUAUUUUACUCGAACAACUGGUGGUGAUGUUCGUAUCUGGCGAUCACGUACUUUUACUUCCAUAGAUGCUGGCGAUAGUCGAGUCGUAUGGAGAUCUCCAAAUUCAGGUGCUGCCUGUCGAGCUGUUUGGGCACCCGAAAUGCACUACAUUCAAUCUCGUUGGUACAUUUAUUUUGCUGCUACAACUUGCGAUGAUGUCAAUGAAAAUCAUCGUAUGUUCGUUAUUGAGAACACCAAUUCGGACCCAUUCGUCGGUUCCUUCACUUGGAAAGGACAAAUAACUGAUGCGACAAAUAAAUGGGCUAUUGAUGGCACCGUACUCGAACUUCCUUCUAGCCAACUCUACUUUAUUUGGUCCGGUUGGCAAGGUGAUGUUAAUGAAAGACAGAUCUUAUACAUAGCUCAAAUGUCGAAUCCGUGGACAAUUAGCAGUGCGAGAGUGGAAAUUGCACGACCGACAUAUACAUGGGAAACCAAUCACAAGCCCUAUAUUAACGAAGGCCCUCAAGUAACUAUUCGCAAUGGUAUUAUAUCUCUUGUUUAUUCUGCAUCUGGCUCAUGGACAAAUGAGUACUGUCUUGGUUUGAUAACUGCCUCGGUUAAUAGCGAUCUAAUGAAAGCCAGUUCCUGGCAGAAACGCGUGAAUCCAAUCUUUCGCUCGGGUAAUUCAAUUUAUGGGCCUGGUCAUCAAAGUUUUACCAAAUCUCCUGACAAUCGAGAAGAUUGGAUAAUCUACCAUUCAGCACGUUAUAGUGGUUCAGGUUGGACUCGACAGGUUCGCGCACAACAAUUCACAUGGAAUGCUGACUCAACUCCAAAUCUUGGUUCGCCAGCCAAUCCGAAUACUCCAAUACGCAUUCCAUCUGGCGAUCAACUACGAGACCGUUACGAAGCCGAACAUGCCCGUCUGCUGAAUGGUCCUUUUGCACAUGCACACCCAAGCGCAUCGAAUGGUCUUAAAGUAGGCUAUAUUGAUUAUCCUGAUAGCAUCGUCGAAUUUACUGUACAUUGUGUUCAAGCUGGUUCAUACGUUAUAGUAAUUCGAAAUGGAAAUGGAUCAGCAGGAAAUGCACGUGCAACACAUUGGUUAUCGAUUAAUAAUGGCAAUCAAAUGGAAAUAUCGAUUGUUUAUAGUGGAUGGGACAUGUGGGGUACAAGUAUGGUUCGAGCGACUCUUAAGCAAGGUGCAAACACGAUAACCUUUAAAAAAGGAACGAAUUAUGCUGAAAUCGAUUUUAUUGAUGUCUUUCUUGAUGCAUAG